AUGUCUGUUAAUACACAUCCUCACGUGAAGGCAUUAGUCCUGGAUGCCACUCCGUUAAUCACACAAUCUUACACGCAUUAUCAGAACUACGCACAGGAAUUCUACACUACACCGACGGUGUUCCAUGAAAUCAAAGAUGAACAAGCUAGGAAAAAUUUGGACAUUUGGAAAGAUUUGGGUGCUUUGAAGCUGGUGCACCCGGGAGAGGAGGCCAUUGAACGUGUUAGUAAGUUUGCUAAGUUAACUGGUGAUUAUUCUGUCUUGAGUGCUAACGAUAUCCACAUCUUGGCGUUGGCUUAUCAACUGGAAGUUACUUUGAAUAAAGGCGAUUGGAGGUUGAGACAGAAGCCAGGUGAUGUAUUGGAAUGUUUGAAAGAGGAAGAAAAGGAAUUGAAGGAAAAGGAAAGGAAAAAGAAAAAGGAGAGCACUGUUGAAGAGGAAUUAUUAGUAAAGAAGAAACCUCGUAGAAGAGGUGGUAAGAAACAAAAGGCCAAAAGAGAAGCCAUGUUGGCAGCCCAAGCAGCAGAAGCUGAAACGACAAAGGUAGUGCCAGCUGCUGAAAAGGAAGAAGAAGCUGUUAUUUCAGAUGAAGUUAAGCAUCAAGAAGAAACCGCUGUCGAGGAAGAAGUAAAAGAUGAGCAAACACCCGAAGAGCUAGACAACGACGAAGAUGAUGAUGGUGAUUGGAUUACCCCUGAUAAUUUAACAGAAGCUAUAAUAAAGGACAGCGGUGAAGAUACCACGGGAUCUCAAGGUAUAGAAGCUAUAGAUAAUGGGAGUGAUGCACUAAAUUUGCCUAGAAAUCAAGUAGCACUUGCUACUGGGGAUUUUGCAGUACAAAACGUUGCCCUUCAAUUGAACUUAAACCUUAUGAAUUUUAUGUCUGGGUUAAGAAUCAAGAGACUUCGUAAUUACAUGCUAAGAUGUCACGCAUGUUUCCGUCUUUUCCCCAUUCCUAAGGACGGUAAAGUCAAACAUUUCUGUCCCUCAUGUGGUGGUCAAGGUACUUUACUAAGAUGUGCAGUAUCCGUAGAUUCUGUUACUGGUAAGAUCACACCUCAUUUGAAAGCCAACUUUCAAUGGAACAAUAGAGGUAAUAGAUACUCCAUGGCAAGUCCCUUAUCGAAGAAUUCACAAAAGAAGUACGGUAAGAAGGGGUUUGUGCAUAGCAAGCAGCCUGAAGAGUCGUUAUUACUGAGAGAGGAUCAAAAGGAGUAUGAAAAAGUGAUGAAGCAAGAAGAUUGGACCAGAAGACACAACGAAAAGGUUCUCAAUAACUGGAUUGGAGGUGGAUCCGCGGACAAUUACAUAUCACCCUUCGCCAUUACUGGCCUAAAACAGCACAGUGUGCGUGUGGGCAGGGGCAGAUACGUGAACAGUAACAAGAAAAAGGGUAAAUAG